CACAUUAUUUAAUAAACCUGACCUGGUUUAAUUAAUUAAGUCUUAUCAUAAAAAUUAUGGGGAUAAUGGUCCAAAAAAUUGGGGACUCGUUUCCAUUCAACAAACAGAUAUUCCUUCAUCCACCAAAAUUACUGCCAUUUCAAUCCUCCGCAUUCUUGUUUUAUAAAGCAUUUUCCCAAUUUUGCUAUUAUACAUUAAUUACUCCAUCAUGUGCAGUUGUUGUCGGAGGAAGCGUGUCUAUCAAGUCGAACAAACUACAAAAGGUCUGCUGCUUUAUCCUUCACGCAUACAUGACUUACAAUCUUAUCUCUUCAAACUUCAGGAAACUUUUGAAGGUUGAAAACAUCACUGAGAACCCACUCGCUUUAUAUGAAAUUGUUACUGAAACUGCACCCAAAUUUACUAUUUUGACGUUCUUGUACAUAUCUUGGACUCGUAAGAUGGGACUGGAUUAUUUGUACCGGUCGUGUUUUAAAGCAGCCUCACAUUCAGGCCACAGUAUUGCGACGUACUCCAAAUUAUUUGUCCUUUUUCUCAUUUUUAUUCUGGUAACAAUUGGAGGUCAACUCUCUGGACUUGUCAAGAAUGACUUUAAUAUCGUUAAACAGUGGCAGUUUUCUCAUGAGCCAGUCAUAUUUCUACGUAACAUUGUCUCUGACGUCCCGAUCUUUCGAGAUGUUGUCAACAUGGGAAUAAGCCCAGUUCUUAUCAUUUUCCUGUCUUUCUACGAUAAUUUAUUCCGAUUCAUAUCCACGAUUCAUCUCCCAAUGCUAACGUGUUACAUCAUUAAAAUGAUCGGAGACGAGAUGUGCGACUACCUUGACAAUAACGAUUCCAUGGAUUGUGAAAUGUUUAUCAAAAUGUACGACCAAGUGUACCAACUGAUCUCGGACAUAAAUGGUGUUGUGAAACAUCUCAUGCAAUUCUGGAUUAUCAACGUCCUCACGUUCUUUAGUCAAACGCUUGCCACUAUAUUUAAUCCAAAACUAGGAGCGUUGGAUCGAAUUUAUUCUGCAGUCAUAUUUACAGUGUUCCUCACCUUCCUUCGAUUUGCUGCCCUGGCUUCAUAUCGCUUGGACAGUGUACAUGACUUUAUAUUUCGUAAGAAGCAAGAUCGUGGCUAUUGUGAAAAUAAAAAAUUGCACUUAAUGAUGGCAAACAUGCAGCAGAACCCUUUGGGCCUGAAGGCCUCAGAUUUUCGAAUAUCUUUUGGAUUCAUUGUUACGAUUUUCAGUACUGCCGUCACCUAUUUUAUAAUACUGCUACAAUUCUCUACAGGGAAGUCACAUAAUACACAACAAUAAGAAAAUUGGUUCUUUCCAACGAUUUAUGUAUGUAAUUGCUAUGCUACUAUAUAAGGCUACCUACUUUAGUUUUCAUUAUUAUUACGUAUUACAUAUGUCUACAAAGCGUACAUACAUAUGUAUGUAUGUACAGUUGUACACUGAUAUAAAUAUUACAGCAUAUAACAAAACAACUAAACUACUUCGCAAAUUAUUGAAUGAUUAUCCCUCAUGCAAAUUAUGUACUUAUGAUGCUUUAAACACUUCCUCGUUUUAAGAUCAUGGUUACAGUUUCACACCCCACAACACUCAAAUA